GUCAGCACCAGAGAUGCGAUUAUUUGAGCUAUUCAUUGAUACACACGCCCCAGCCAGCGACAUCGCCGUUUGGAUCACCACAGUUGUAUUCUGCGUCCGUCAUGCCUAUUUCCUGUGUGGAGUCACAGCACCAGACUCGAAGCUGCAAUGGACGUCGACAACGGACGCAUUACUUGGAAGAAAUUUCAGGGACGAAGGCUGCUCUAUCGCGCGCGCGAUCAAGGCGAAUGUGGGCAUCCGUCAUGUUUGAGCACAACAGGGCGGUCUUCUAUUUGUAUGUAUGUGCUGUUCUCGCCAGACGUGCCAUUUUGAGUGGCCUGGACGUGACCGCAGGACCUCAAAAAAAAAUAAGAAACUGCGAUCAUCUGAUCUUUCAUGUGAAUAGAUGUUCUUCGAGGAGAGGCGCACCCUGGGCAAGCCACCCAUAUGUAAGGAGCAUGCCUAUCGUGACGGCAAAGAUUCUUUUAGCCAUAUGUCCGAGAGAGUUCUGCCACAUAUCCCUCGAGGCUGACCGGUAUGCUCGACGGGAUCUACCAUGGCGGAAGUGACCCAUCCUAUAUAUUCCCACAGGCCAUACGAACAGCGUUACAACCCUGAAUUGGAUCCUGCAGCCCCAGAGGUCGACCUUUGUUCAUCUGUACAGUACAAAAGCAUCAUAGCGAACGAAAAGACUAAAUUC